AGCGGACUCCUUUUAUACAGCCGAGGUGGAGUCAACCAAUGACCUGCAAGCCUGGAAAAUUUUGCAGGGCAGUUUCCCCGAGUGGCUUUGCAGAGCCGUGCCAUUUGAAUUUCAGCACAGACAUCCACAUACUGUGCUCUCCAUUCCUGGCGUGUCUCCCAGCGCGGAGUUUAGCUGAGGCUCGGGUUUAGUUUUCCCUCCUCUCUCUCCCUGCAGUGACAGCUUCUCCGGGCUCUGCUCGACUCCCAAGCGAUCAUGGAGGAUACUACUUUGCAAAUUAUCGAACCACCAACCGCCUCCGAAGCCUCGGAGGAGCAAGCGCCUGAAGAACCCAUCAAAUCAGACCAGAUCAAUGGUGUCAUGGUGCUGACCCUUCUGGACAAGAUCAUUGGAGCAGUGGAUCAGAUCCAGCUGACCCAAACGCAGCUGGAGGAGAGACAACAAGAGAUGGAUAGCUCAGUGACCAGCAUCCAAGGCGAGUUAACCAAGCUGACAAAGGCACACACCACCACCAGCAACACCGUCAACAAGAUGCUGGAAAAAGUGCGCAAAGUGAGCGUCAACGUGAAAACCGUCCGGCAGAACCUGGAGAAGCAAGCUGGGCAGAUAAAGAAGCUUGAGGCCAACGAAGCGGAGCUCCUGAAACGCAGAAACUUCAAAGUCAUGAUCUACCAGGAUGAAGUGAAGCUCCCGUCUAAACUGAGCAUCAGUAAGUCUCUGAAGGAGGGCGAAAAGCUGGAGAAGGAAGGUGAAGGUGAGGAGGUGCCUCUGGGAGAGGACCAUGCAGAGGAGGACCACGUCCAGCUCUCCUCCGAUGAGGAGGUGGAGAUUGAAGAGAUUAUUGAAGAGUCACGGGCAGAGCGCAUCAAAAGGAGUGGCAUGAAAAGAGUGGAUGACUUUAAGAAGGCAUUCUCAAAGGAGAAGAUGGAGAAGACUAAGCUAAAGACCAAGGAAAACCUGGAGAAGACCCGCCACAACCUGGAGAAGACCCGCCACAACCUGGAGAAGAGGAUGAACAAACUGGGCACCAAGAUUGUGACUAACGAAAGGAGAGAGAAGAUGAAGUCCUCUCGGGACAAGCUGAGGAAGUCUUUCACCCCUGACCACACCAUCUAUGCCAGGUCCAAGACAGCCGUCUACAAAGUGCCGCCCUUCACAUUUCAUGUCAAGAAAAUAAGAGAGGGUGAGGUGGAAGUGAAAGCCACGGAGCUGGUGGAGGUUGGUGGAGAGGAGGGAGAAAACUCAGAUCUGCUGCGUGGGGAGAGCCCCGAGAUGCACACGCUGCUGGAGAUCACGGAGGAGUCUGACGCGGUACUGGUGGACAAGAGCGACAGUGAGUAGGACGGGCUGCAGCGCAGAAGGGUUGUGGACGACAGCUGAACACAUAAUCAUUCACAUUUCGAGUUCUCUCUCUGCCCUGGUGCCCAGGGCACGUGCACACAACGCAUCUUUACUGCCCUGCAGAGCCGACGCCAAUCCCCACCUGCUAGGACAAGGUGUAUUUUAUAUUUUAGUUUUAGCACACAGAAUCGUUAGGAACACAGGACUGUUUUUCUUACACUGUUCAAUCACCCUCAGAGACCAUUCCUGCCGCAGGCUACGCCAGAGCCUUCCAGCACCCGACCUGAAGACACGCUUUGAGUGACAGGGACCCACCCAGCUGGAAAGUGCUAAUCCCAAGAUAACGUCUGUGCAUGUGGAAAGCUCACGUGUUCUCCGUAAGCCAAGACCUGGUGUCAAGAAAGCUCCCUGCCAAGCAGCCCGCUGGACCACACCACCCUGCAUCCCUGUGCAGCCAUCCCGCUGGCAGAAAGACUCCCAGCACCCAACCCGGCUACCACAUUGUGGGGCAGAGAAGCUGCGAUGCACCCGGUAUGCGGGAGGGAAGAGCUGAGCAGGUCCUGUUGAUGGGCAGAGGAUGGGCGAAGCUGCACCAGCCGUGUGGCGUGCAGGCAGGUCUUGCUCCUCUCUGCCCUCCCAAGGACUGGAUUGCCAUGGUGGUGCCAAGGAGGGCUGCACCGUAAAGCUGCCCUGUUGCCACGGGUGCUGGCGUGGCAUCACACACCAGUGCCCGCUGCUCCUCCCCGCGGCGCUGGGGCUGUCACUGUGGCCAGCGCUGCGGCAGGAGCAGCGUGGGCUGCACGCUCCCCAAAAUCCAGGAGCCCAGAGGCUGUGGGCGCAUCCUUGCCGAGACAAGGAGUGCCACGGGGCUGGAUAUGGUCCCUCCACAUCGUCAGGGGUGGUGGAGCAUGCAGUAAAGUCAGCACUCACUGCCCAGGGAGAGGGGACGCGCAGGCGGCAGUGUUGGAGCAGCCCUUAUUUCCAGAGGGAUAAGGGAUGCGCUGAUGCCGUGUGAGGCUCUUGACUGCCAGAGAGCAGCCUUGACACCAGUCCAGCACUGGACUUUGAGUAUUUCUGAGCACCUGCUUCCUCCAGGGAUCCCAGCACGGCUCCGGCUCCUGCUCACAGCCUGCGCUUUCCUCUCUGUUUCCCACUUUCUGCAGCUUCACUCGCAAUCCCCUGCGCUAGGAUAGCGAUCACGCUGCAGCUCGCACUGCCACGCUCCGGCUUUUGGGCAGGCAGCCACCAGCACGGCAGUGAGGUGGGAGGCUGUGGCCUCGGUGGCUUCACCCAAGGAGCUGCGGAUGGGCCUGGGGAAAAACAGAAUCACAGAAUCACCAGGUUGGAAAGGACCCACUGGAUCAUCGAGUCCAACCAUUCCUAACACUCCCUUAAACCAUGUCCCUAAGCACUUCAUCCACCCGUUCCUUAAACACCUCCAGGGAAGGUGACUCGACCCCCUCCCUGGGCAGCUGUUCCAGUGCCCCAUGACUCUUUCUGUGAAGAAUUUUUUUCUGAUAUCCAACCUGACCCUCCCCUGGUGGAGCUUCAGGCCAUUCCCCCUUGUCCUGUCCCCUGUCCCUUGGGAGAAGAGCCCAGCUGCCUCCUCUCCACAACCUCCUUUCAGGCAGUUGUAGAGAGCAAUAAGGUCUCCCCUCAGCCUCCUCUUCUCCAGGCUGAACACCCCCAGCUCUCUCAGCCGCUCCUCGUAACCCUUGUUCUCCAGCCCCUCACCAGCUUCGUUGCUCUUCUCUGGACACACUCCAGAGCCUCAACAUCCUUCUUGGGGUGAGGGGUCCAGGACUGAACACAGUAUUCGAGGUGCGGUCUCACCAGUGAAGCUGGGGAAGCUGAUCCUGACGAGCAGGCAAUGGAGAGACGUGGCCAUGCUGCUCCCCGUCUGCCUGCUGGGCUCAGCCCUUCCCAGUGCAGCCACUCUGCUCCCUGGCUGCACGCCGGGCUGCUAUUGCUGACAUAACCGAAUAUAUAAACCUGCUUUUCCGCUGAGAAUUAUUUUUGUUCUUAUCGUUUAGUGCAUUCAGGCUGUCCCAAGCCCAGGCUCCCAUCCCGGUGCCAGUGCUGGUGCCCAGAGAUGCCUUCCUGGGGCGGAGGAGAAGCCAUGCCCGUGGCAGCCCCGGGUGUGCAAACUCUGGGCAAGGCUCUGGGACACCGGGAAUGGCAUCAGGCUGCCCAUAGCUCCGUCCUAGCCCCAUGUGGGCCCGUGGUUGCCUCCCCCUGGAGCCCUUGUGUGCCCACAGGUGGUUUCUUCCCACGGAGCAGCGGGGUGGGGACAGCUGGUGUCAGGGGCCCGGAUGGGUGCACCGGGGCAGCGGGAGCCCAGAUGAGCCCCAGCUGUUCCCGCUGCUGCAUCCCGGUGAGCGGCACAACCAAUAAAGUCUCUUUUCUAAA